AUGGAGGGGCGAAUGAGUGCCCGCAUGAAUGGGCCGUCUGUGCGGCGGAGCGGCGGUGCGCGACGGAGCGUCUCAAGCGCCACCAACACGUCGCACGAGAUGGUGCUCAGCGACGGCCGUGAGACGGAGCUGGCGCUCAUUGCUGCGACGCUCGCGAACGCUGAGCUACGCUCAGCCAAGGCGACCUCUGCAUACUAUGCCACGUCGAACGAAAAGUUGGUGCGGGAGAAGGAGAAGCUUGAGGAGAAUUUGACUGCGACGGAGGGGGACGGCCGCACGGUCGUGGAGGCGUUGGAGGAGCGGCUGCGUGUAGCGAAUUGCGAAAGUACGAAGCUGCGCGCCGACGUUGAGGCCGCGCGCGUGGCGGGACGGCGGGAAGUAGAGAGGGAGAUGUCUGCACUCCAGGAUAAGCUGCGGGAGCGUGACGGCACAAUUGGAGAGUUGCGGCAGCGUGUCACACUCCUGGAGGAGGAGCUGAGGGGUGUAGAGGAGUUUAGGGCGGCGCGCGACACACACAACGGGAAAAUGAAGGCGUUGCAAAAGGCGUAUGCGGACGAGCAGGAACGUCAUGAGCAGGACACACGGAGCCUCCGAAUACAUCUAAUGGGGGAAAGGGUACGGCUUAGGGCGGAGGAACAGCUGCUGCACAAGAGGCACAAGGAUGAUGUUCAAAAACUGGCGGCGGAUCUUUUCACCAAGAAAAAGCACAAGAUGGGUAAACAAAAUGAGAAGCUGUUGCAGGAAAGGGUUUUACUUGCAACAGAGACGAUGAGUGCGCGGGAUCAAGCAGAGGCGCUGCAACGGCGAAAUGAAAAACUGGAGCAGGAUGUAGUGCUUGCCGCUUCGGCAGAAAUGGAAUACGCCACACGUGGUGCUCGACAACGACGCGAGAUUGCUGCUCUCAGGGAGCAAGUCAAAACGGCGGAGGACAACCUUAACACAGUAGUGGAGCAGUACGAUAAACGGUUGCAGAAGCAGGCGAAGGAGCACGCCGCUGCUGUAAAGCGACUGACGAGCGAGCGUGACGAGGCGAGAUCAAGCGACGAGCGCCUCCGCCGCGAACUCGUCAAGCUCCGUGCGCUGUCGCGGAAGAUUGUGGAGCGGCGCUCGGAGUUGGAGCAGUUUUUCUACGAGGCAUUAGCACACGUGCGUCGCGAGCUGCUAGAGGAGCGGCUUGUGCAGACCCGCACCAUCGACUGCCAGUGCCCAAGCCUGACGUACCAGAGGCUUUCCCCGCGACUGCAGCGCAAUAGUGAGUUGCUGCUGAUUAGUGAUCGUGACGCGCGGAGGCGGCCGCCGCAGCCGCCUCUGCUGUCCACCCAUGGUAGCGUUGAAGCGGACGCCACGUGGCAAAAUGCCGAACCACCUCUGGGCGACGUGAGCCUUGGUGUGCCGUCCCUUCCGUUGAUUGCAGUGCCGAGGGGCGAUAUAGCCUUUGCGCAGAACCGCCUCAUUCCCGCAAAGGAGUGGCAGUACUCCGAAACCGGUGCGUUGGCGACCCACUCUGCCCUUUUGGAGGGAGGCCAUACAUUUGGGCAGAGCGAAUUUUCACGUAUCCCCAGCGCCCCGAAGCUGAAGGACCUCCAGUCGAUUGAAAUAUCACAGUUGAGCUGGAAGGACAAGGAGCGCGUGCUGCAUAUCCUCUUUAAGCAGCUGCAGGGGAGGUCAAACGCGGCAAAGCCAAAACAAUGUACAGCUACAGGCGAUACAGACUUUUUUGUAAGCGGUCCCACCGUGGAGCCCGAGACAAACACGUUUCUGACGGAGUCGGCGCAGUGA